AUGUUCGAGGACAUCAAUAAGGAAUACAACACACAUCUGUGGGAUGAUGACUUGGCGGCUAAGGCAAUGGUGGAAGCUGUUAGGCCACACUAUCGAUUACUAUGGAAUGCCGGCGAUUAUUUCACGAUCAGAAACGAUAAGCUCUUUACGAAGAGGUACAUAGGACCUCUGGAGGAGAAAGUGCGCUUUGUUCUGCUGAACCCUUUCAAAAAAUAUGCAGAUAAACUUCGCCAACUUCCCGAAGGAACAACCUACGGAUGUAAUGGAUUUUUCGAUACUGAUACGAUGCCAAACGACAACCUCCUUUAUGUGGCGUGUGUCUACAAUACCCCCAACUGA